CUCUCCCCUACAAAUACCCUCUCUCCGCCUCCCCCCACAACCUCUCCCACCACCACCGCCACCAUGAUGCUAAAGUCGCCGGAGCUUCCAGAUUUGGUCGAUGUUAACCCACCGGUGCUAAUCCGGCCGGCAAACCCAACCCCAAAACACUCAAUAUACCUCUCCAAUCUCGACGAUCAAAGCUUCCUUAGAUUCUCCAUUAAAUACGUGUUCGUGUUCCAAAAGGGUGUCAGCUUGUGCAAGCUCAAGCGCUCUCUCGCCAUUGCUCUUGAAAAUUACUACCCUCUCGCCGGACGUUUGAGGGUCAGCGGCGGAGGGCCGUCGUCGGAAUUUGAUCGGAAGCUUGAAGUAGUGUGUAACGGAGAAGGGGCGGUUUUCACUGAGGGUUUUAUGGAUUUCACGGCGGAGGAGUUUCUUCAAACCGCAGAUACGCCGAACAGGUCUUGGAGGAAAUUGCUUUAUCGCUUCGAAGCUUCGAGUUUCUUGGAUAUUCCUCCCCUUAUCGUUCAGGUGACAAAUUUGAGCUGUGGAGGGAUGAUACUAUGCACCGGAAUAAACCACUGCCUCUCGGACGGUGUGGGUACGUCACAAUUCCUGCAUGCGUGGGCCCACCUCACAACUAAACCCAAUCUCCCUCUACCAAUCAAACCCUUCCAUUUCCGCCACGUGUUCAAACCCCGCAACCCUCUCCACGUCACUUCCCCUCAUCCACAAUAUUCCAAAACUACCCCUUCUAAUACCCACAACAACCUCCUCAACCUCCUCCGUUCCCUCCCUCUCCGCCCCGUCUCCGUCUCCUUCUCCGCCGCUCAAAUCCUCCGCCUCAAACGCCGUUGCAUCCCCUCCCUUAAAUGCACCACUUUCGAAGCCCUCGCCGCACACACCUGGCAGUGCUGGCUUCACUCUCUCACCCUCGCCACCGUCGUUCCUCUCCCUCCUCCACUUCCCGUUAACCUUCUCUUCUCCGUCAACGUUCGCCGUCGCCUCCUCCUCCCUGAACCACCCUCCGGUUAUUACGGUAACGCCUUCGUACUCGCCUGCGCUCAAUCCUCCGUUAAGGAGCUCAACGCCGCUGCCACCUCCGCCAAUAUCCACCACGGCGUCACGCUAGUUCAACAGGCUAAGGCUGCUGUCACCGAUGAGUACGUGCGGUCCGUGGUCGACAUGUUGGAUGAUAGAAGUGUUAGAACCGACAUGUCGGCGAGCUUGGUGAUUUCGCAAUGGUCCAAACUUGGGCUUGAGGAUUUGGAUUUCGGCGAAGGGAAGGCGGUCCAUAUGGGGCCUCUUGCCAGUGAUAUUUAUUGCCUAUUCUUGCCGGUCGCCGGAGAUGUCAACGCCGUUAGAGUUCUGGUGUCGGUGCCGGAAUGUGUGGCCCACAAGUUUGAGGUUUAUAUGAAGGAUUGUUGUUAUAGUGACGAUGAAGAUGAAGAUGAAGAUAGAAAUAAUAAUGAUAAUGGAGAACAAAAUAGUUUCAUAUGAAAAAAAAA